AUGGCACCACCUACAGGAACUACCGGAGCUCAACUCGGACGAAGGCAAUGGGCCUUUGCCUUCGCUCUUGUAACAUCUCUGUUUUUUACUUGGGGUUUUGCCUAUGGUCUUCUUGAUGUGCUCAACGCGCACUUCCAGACUGUAUUCGGGAUCUCCAAGCUUCAGAGCACGCUCUUGCAAUUGGCAUACUUUGGUGCUUAUUUCGUGUGGGCGCCAUUCGCGGGUACAUUUAUGAGAAGAAUAGGAUACAAGAAAGGCAUUCAUAUCGGCCUUGGCCUGUACUCCAUUGGUGCCGUAUUCUUCUGGCCAUCCGCAAAAUACGAAACAUAUGGAGGGUUUGUCGGGAGUACAUUCGUAAUCGGUUGCGGCCUCUCAACACUUGAGGUCGCGGCCAACUCCUACAUAUCCGUACUUGGCACGCCUCAGUAUGCCGCCGCCCGUUUGAACUUCAGUCAAGGCUUCCAAGGCGUCGCAUCCUUUGCUGGGCCUUUGAUCGCUUCGCGCUGGUUUUUCACUGGUGCCAAUGCGACCAGUCUUGGCACUGUGCAAUGGGUCUAUCUCGCAGUUGCUGGCCUCGGCAUUGUACUUAAUAUACUAUUUUUCUUCUGCAACCUACCUGAAAUCACAGAAGAUGCUUUGGCUGAAGAGAUAGACGAGACCGGCAUUACAGAUGGCCAAGGCCCUUUCUGGCAGCAAUAUCGCUGUAUCUUUGGGUUCGUUGCCCAGACUGCCUAUGUUGGUGCGCAAGUCACCGUCGCCUCUUUCGCCGUCAACUUCCUCGUUGACCAAGGAAUUGGUAUCGACCAGUCAAAGGCCAGCCAGCUCUUCUCGUUCUGCCAGAUCACCUUCACCGUAGGACGAUUUGCUGGUGUAUUGAUACUCAACUUCAUCGACCCUGCCUUAUUGUUAGCCUUCUACGGGUUUUGCUGUUUCCUGUUCUGCCUCUUGAUCUCCCAGCUUCCUGGGUAUAGCGCUGUCGCAUGUCUCUUCUGUCUGUUCUUCUUCGAAUCCAUUUGCUAUCCUUGUAUCUUCACCCUGGGUACUAAGAACCUCGGAGUGCACACCAAGCGGGGCUCUGGUCUGAUUGUUAUGGGUGUCGGGGGAGGGGCUUGGUACCCACCUGCACAAGGUGCCCUAGCCGACCUAACAAAUACCCGUCACUCGUAUCUUGUUCCAAUGUCAGGUUAUAUCGCCAUGACUAUUUACGCUGCUGGUCUUGUUGUCGACCAAUCGAGGAAGAACGGAUUCUCAUUCCGCAACCGCGAUGAGCUUACUGCCAACUUGAAGCGUGCCGCCGACAACUUCUCUCCAACCGAGUCGCUCCCUGGUGAUGCGAAAGGACGCUCGAGCAGUGAAAAGAAGUCCAGUGACGAAUUAGUUAGGGUCGCAUGA